AAUUGCACCGAGGGGACAGUUAUUGCAGUUGCAACCGACAACUUUGGGAUGAAUUAUCCAGAACAGCUGGCAACAUUUAGCCCAAAUGCUUCAGGUGAAAUGUGAAAUGUGUGCUCGGUAGAGACAAGUUGUAAAAAUGGAUAAAAGGGUGAUAGCAGCAGAGUCCGAGGAGAUUGACUGGGGAGGAAGUGGAGCUGAAGAGGGGGAGAUAAUGAGGGAGACCAAACCCUUAUCAAAGAAUGUCCACACCGGUCUCCUUAAUCCACUUACAGAUCCUGUUAAAUGUUCUCUGAUCAAAGGAGACUACCUCUACUUCCAUUAUGGCUGUGAUGGACAGGAGGACAGAGGCUGGGGAUGCGGCUACCGCACCGUUCAGACAAUGGCUUCCUGGCUGUGUCAGAACUGCUCUCCACCGUCGGGCAAACACAGACCACCACCGAGCCUCCCAGAAAUCCAACAAGCCUUGGUCACCAUGGGGGACAAACCAGGCUCGUUCUCAGGCUCCAGGGAGUGGAUAGGGACAUGUGAAGCCUCCCUGGUCCUUGACUAUUUCUAUGAUGUUCCCUGUAAGUUGGUACAUGUUAGAGGUGGAGGGGCAGAGCUGGAGCGUGUGGCAGUGGAAGAGCUCCAUCAGCACUUUGAGAAGCAUGGAUCUCCAGUCAUGAUGGGAGGGGACAGGGACAACUCUUCUAAGGGGGUAUUAGGAGUCUGCACUGGGGACAAGGGGAGCUACUUGCUAGUUGUUGACCCUCAUUACUAUGGAUGUCAGCUGGAGCACACUGAGCUGCAGAGGCACGGGUGGGUGGCGUGGAGAAGAGUCUCAUCUCUGGAUCAGUCUUCAUUUUAUAAUGUGUGUAUGCCUCAGACGGCCAAAAAAGCAACAUAAACUACUGGUAGACAUAUUUGUGUUGUCAGACAUAUUGUUGUUUGUGAGAUGAACUGCAUAAAAAUGUGAUAUUUUCUCAUAUAGAUGCAAUGUAAAGUGUUCGGGUCGUUGUCUGCAUUUAUAAUUUAAAAUGAGAUGUAGUGCCAUCUUGUGGAUGAAAUCAGUAAUUACAACACAUUUGAAGAGCAACUUGUAACAAGUAGUAACAACUUGAUCAAUUUCUACAUUAAUUUCCUGGUCAAACCCAACUUUUUCCUACUAUGGUUUCAUUCCAGGCUUCAAAAGCUCAUUGAUCAAAUAUUCUUAAAUGGGAUUUAAAUGGCACAUUAGCUUUAGUGAGAGUAGUAGUAGCAUUAUACAUGAUCAAUAUUGUGAAUAUUAUAACACUGGUUAACUAUCAAUGAAUACUGGGUUUUAUUGCAUUUAUGACAAUUUUCAACAAAAAAUGUUGGCUUUGGUUUCUCAAAUACACAGAUUUGCGUCUUUUUUUCUGUUUUGCU